GGGGAGCGGGAGCCGCGGGGGCCGCUGCAGCAGAAGGGGGAGGAGAAUGGGGAGGAGCUGGGGGGCAGGCAGGCGGGGAAGGAGAGGUCUUAACGGGCGGCGAGGGGAGGUCGGAUUUCCUCCGAGGCUGGCGAUCGGCGGAGCUCCCACCUCCGCUUACAGCUCGCUGCCGCCGUCCUGCCCCGCGCCCCCGGGAGACCUGGACCAGACCACGAUGUGGAAACGCUGGCUCGCGCUCGCGCUCGCGCUGGUGGCGGUCGCCUGGGUCCGCGCCGAGGAAGAGCUAAGGAGCAAAUCCAAGAUCUGUGCCAAUGUGUUUUGUGGAGCCGGCCGGGAAUGUGCAGUCACAGAGAAAGGGGAACCCACCUGUCUCUGCAUUGAGCAAUGCAAACCUCACAAGAGGCCUGUGUGUGGCAGUAAUGGCAAGACCUACCUCAACCACUGUGAACUGCAUCGAGAUGCCUGCCUCACUGGAUCCAAAAUCCAGGUUGAUUACGAUGGACACUGCAAAGAGAAGAAAUCCGUAAGUCCAUCUGCCAGCCCAGUUGUUUGCUAUCAGUCCAACCGUGAUGAGCUCCGACGUCGCAUCAUCCAGUGGCUGGAAGCUGAGAUCAUUCCAGAUGGCUGGUUCUCUAAAGGCAGCAACUACAGUGAAAUCCUAGACAAGUAUUUUAAGAACUUUGAUAAUGGUGACUCUCGCCUGGACUCCAGUGAAUUCCUGAAGUUUGUGGAACAGAAUGAAACUGCCAUCAAUAUUACCACGUAUCCAGACCAGGAGAACAACAAGUUGCUUAGGGGACUCUGUGUCGAUGCUCUCAUUGAACUGUCUGAUGAAAAUGCUGAUUGGAAACUCAGCUUCCAAGAGUUUCUCAAGUGCCUCAACCCAUCUUUCAACCCUCCUGAGAAGAAGUGUGCCCUGGAGGAUGAAACGUAUGCAGAUGGAGCUGAGACCGAGGUGGACUGUAACCGCUGUGUCUGUGCCUGUGGAAAUUGGGUCUGUACAGCCAUGACCUGUGACGGAAAGAAUCAGAAGGGGGCCCAGACCCAGACAGAGGAGGAGAUGACCAGAUAUGUCCAGGAGCUCCAAAAGCAUCAGGAAACAGCUGAAAAGACCAAGAGAGUGAGCACCAAAGAGAUCUAAUGAGGAGGCACAGGACAGUGUCUGGAUCCCAGCAUCUUCUCCUCCACUUCAGCGCUGAGUUCAGUAUACACAAGUGUCUGCUACAGUCGCCAAAUCACCAGUAUUUGCUUAUAUAGCAAUGAGUUUUAUUUUGUUUAUUUGUUUUGCAAUAAAGGAUAUGAAGGUGGCUGGCUAGGAGGGGAAGGGCCACAGCCUUCAUUUCUAGGAGUGCUUUAAGAGAAACUGUAAAUGGUGCUCUGGGGCUGGAGGCUAGUAAGGAAACUGCAUCACGAUUGAAAGAGGAACAGACCCAAAUCUGAACCUCUUUUGAGUUUACUGCAUCUGUCAGCAGGCUGCAGGGAGUGCACACGAUGCCAGAGAUAACUUAGCAGGGUGUCCCUGGAGGAGAGGUUUGGGAAGCUCCACGGAGAGGAACGCUCUCUGCUUCCAGCCUCUUUCCAUUGCCGUCAGCAUGACAGACCUCCAGCAUCCACGCAUCUCUUGGUCCCAAUAACUGCCUCUAGAUACAUAGCCAUCCUGCUAGUUAACCCAGUGUCCCUCAGACUUGGAUGGAGUUUCUGGGAGGGUACACCCAAAUGAUGCAGAUACUUGUAUACUUUGAGCCCCUUAGCGACCUAACCAAAUUUUAAAAAUACUUUUUACCAAAGGUGCUAUUUCUCUGUAAAACACUUUUUUUUGGCAAGUUGACUUUAUUCUUCAAUUAUUAUCAUUAUAUUAUUGUUUUUUAAUAUUUUAUUUUCUUGACUAGGUAUUAAGCUUUUGUAAUUAUUUUUCAGUAGUCCCACCACUUCAUAGGUGGAAGGAGUUUGGGGUUCUUCCUGGUGCAGGGGCUGAAAUAACCCAGAUGCUCCCACCCUGCCACAUACUAGAUGCAGCCCAUAGUUGGCCCCCCUAGCUUCCAGCAGUCCACUAUCUGCCAGAGGAGCAAGGGUGCCUUAGACCGAAGCCAGGGGAAGAAGCAUCUUCAUAAAAAACUUUCAAGAUCCAAACAUUAAUUUGUUUUUAUUUAUUCUGAGAAGUUGAGGCAAAUCAGUAUUCCCAAGGAUGGCGACAAGGGCAGCCAAGCAGGGCUUAGGAUAUCCCAGCCUACCAAUAUGCUCAUUGGCCUACGACUAACUAGGAGGGUGAGUUGGCCCUGUCUCUUCUUUUUUCUGGACCUCAGUUUUCUCAGUGAGCUGGUAAGAAUGCACUAACCUUUUGAUUUGAUAAGUUAUAAAUUCUGUGGUUCUGAUCAUUGGUCCAGAGGGGAGAUAGGUUCCUGUGAUUUUUCCUUCUUCUCUAUAGAAUAAAUGAAAUCUUGUUAUUAGAACAAGAAAUGUCAGAUGGCCAAAAACAAGAUGACCAAAUUUGAUCUCAGCCUGAUGACCCUACAGGUCGUGCUAUGAUAUGGAGUCCUCAUGGGUAAAGCAGGAAGAGAGUGGGAAAGAGAACCACCCCACUCUGUCUUCAUAUUUGCAUUUCAUGUUUAACCUCCGGCUGGAAAUAGAAAGCAUUCCCUUAGAGAUGAGCAUAAAAGAAAGUUUCAGAUUCAACAGGGGGAAGAAAAUGGAGAUUUAAUCCUAAAACUGUGACUUGGGGAGGUCAGUCGUUUACAGUUAGUCCUGUGUCUUUCGACUUCUGUGAUUAUUAACCCCACUCACUACCCUGUUUCAGAUGCAUUUGGAAUACCAAAGAUUAAAGCCUUGACAUAAGAUCUCAUUUGCAGAAAGCAGAUUAAAGACCAUCAGAAGGAAAUUAUUUAGGUUGUAAUGCACAGGCAACUGUGAGAAACUGUUGUGCCAAAAAUAGAAUUCAUUCUAAAUAGUUUUUCUUGUUCUCAUUUGAAAGGAGAAAAUUCCACUUUGUUUAGCAUUUCAAACUUUUAUGUAUCCAUCCCAUCUAAAAACUCUUCAAACUCCACUUGUUCAGUCUGAAAUGCAGCUCCCUGUCCAAGUGCCUUGGAGAACUCACAGCAGCACGCCUUAAUCAAAGGUUUUGCCAGCCCUUGGACACUAUGGGAGGAGGGCAAGAGUACCAAUUUGUUAAAAGCAAGAAACCACAGUGUCUCUUCACUAGUCAUUUAGAACGUGGUUAUCAUCCAAGACUACUCUACCCUGCAACAUUGAACUCCCAAGAGCAAAUCCACAUUCCUCUUGAGUUCUGCUGCUUCUGUGUAAAUAGGGCAGCUGUCGUCUAUGCUGUAGAAUCACAUGAUCUGAGGACCAUUCAUGGAAGCUGCUAAAUAGCCUAGUCUGGGGAGUCUUGCAUAAAGUUUUGCAUGGAGCAAACAAACAGGAUUAAACUAGGUUUGGUUCCUUCAGCCCUCUAAAAGCAUAGGGCUUAGCCUGCAGGCUUCCUUGGGCUUUCUCUGUGUGUGUAGUUUUGUAAACACUAUAGCAUCUGUUAAGAUCCAGUGUCCAUGGAAACCUUCCCACAUGCCGUGACUCUGGACUAUAUCAGUUUUUGGAAAGCAGGGUUCCUCUGCCUGCUAACAAGCCACGUGGACCAGUCUGAAUGUCUUUCCUUUACACCUAUGUUUUUAAAUAGUCAAACUUCAAGAAACAAUCUAAACAAGUUUCUGUUGCAUAUGUGUUUGUGAACUUGUAUUUGUAUUUAGUAGGCUUCCAUAUUGCAUUUAACUUGUUUUUGUAACUCCUGAUUCUUUCUUUUCGGAUACUAUUGAUGAAUAAAGAAAUUAAAGUGAUA